CUGGUAAGACAGAAAAUUGCGCGAUGCCUUUGUCAGAAUCAAUUCAUAUACACUGAAGAGCGAUUUUAGUACCAGUGCAUGGUGAAGGGGUCCAGUAGCUUGAAGAUGGAGGGUCACUCAACUCUGCUCGCUGCUGCAGUAGGCCUGGGCUGUGGUCUGACACUAGGGUGGCUUCUCAGAGGACGUUUAAGGAUAAGGAGCCCCUCAGGAGCAGGAGGGGGCAGCAUGGAAAAAAGCUUUGCAGCAGAUUCUGGUGAAAUCAAACUGGUGAUUGUUGUGAGGAAUGACCUGAAAAUGGGGAAGGGCAAGGCUGCUGCUCAGUGUGCUCAUGCAGCCGUAGCUGCUGUGAGGAACCUGUCUAAGACUGACCCCCGCCUGCUGUCAGAAUGGGAGGACUGUGGUCAGCCUAAAGUCGUGGUCAAGACAGAAUCUGAAGAAUCACUUGUGGAGUUGGCAAGCCUGGCAGUUUCUAAAGGUCUGACUGCGAGUAUAAUACGAGAUGCAGGACGCACUCAAAUUGCCCCGGGGUCAAAAACAGUAUUGGGGGUAGGACCAGGGCCUGCAGACUUGGUGGAUGAAGUGACUGGAUCUCUGAGGCUAUACUGACGUUCAUUGUAAAUAGCUACAUUUUAUCUCAAAAAAACAAAACAAAAGAAUAAAUAUAUACGUAAAUAAAUUGUAAUUUAUGCAAGUGCAUGCACAUAUACACUGUAUCACAGAAAACUUUUAAAUGGAUGUUCAGUUGAAUGUAGCAGUAGAGGAGUUUUUGUUUCAAACUCUGUCAUUAAAGGUAAAAGCAGUCCUGCUGUAUCAUGUGACAUGUGAAUAGUGCUAGGCAACCUUUGUUCACAAUAAUUUAUGGAUCACUUGUCUCACCGUGUUCCAGAGGCACAAAUAAUACCUCUUUGCUUUAGAAAUUUCUUUAGUUCACAAACAUUCAGCUCCUCAAUUUUCGUCUACUCGAAAUAAAUUAUAUAUAUUAUAUUAUA